AGCAGCAGAGAUGUUAUUGUGGGCGACCAGUGGCUCGUCUUGUCGAGGAUCGGCGAAGGCUCCUUUGGCGAAGUAUUCGAAGUCCAAGACAUUGACACCCUUCGCCUCUAUGCCAUCAAGCGGGAGCCUCUGGAUGUGCGCUCCCCCCAACUGAAGCAUGAGAGCAUCAUGUAUGAUAUUUUGGCUGGUGGACGAGGUAUUCCCCAAUGCCAGUGGUAUGGAGAGCAUGACGAUUUUGCGUGCAUCGUCAUCGAUCUCCUGGGGCCUUCGCUACGAGAGCUACAUGAAGCAGUGUCUUUUAUUUCGUUGGACGUUAUAGUCCAACUCGGUUGCCAAAUGAUAUCUAUUUUGGAACACAUUCACCGCCGUGGCAUCGUCUACCGAGAUGUCAAGCCUGACAACUUUUUGUUUCCCUCAUCCUCGGCUACUCCGAUGCUUUCCGUGGUGGAUUUUGGCUUGGCCACCUGGUGGCGCAAUCCGGCAACCAACAAACCUUAUCCACAGAGCAAGCGGCGGAUCAAGAACAAGACAGGAACGGCUCGCUAUGCGUCCUUGAACGUGCACCGGGGGAAGACGCAUUCACGUCGCGAUGACAUUGAAUCCCUUGGCUAUCUGCUGCUCGACCUUAUUCUAGGAUCGCUCCCCUGGACGGGCAUCCAAGCCCGCAAUUCCAAGGCAGGCUGGGACCGCAUGAAGGAGCUCAAGGAAGAGACGUUGUUGACUGAUCUUUGUGCUGGAUUGCCCCAGGGUUUUCUGCGGUUUAUCGAUUACGCUCGUGGCCUUCGGUUCUCGGAUCAACCGGAUUACGACUAUUUGCGGCAACUGAUGCGGGACUCGCUCGAUAGA